AGUGCCGAACAUUGAGGUUGGUCUGAAAAAGCCACUGUAUACUUAAGUUUAUUUACACGCACAUACUUUAGGACCCUGACAGUCUCCCAUUUACCCUAUAUUUUUCUCAGCAGCAGGCGAUAGAUAGAUAGGGCAAAAAUUGAAGGAAAAAUGGAUGUAACUGUCACAGAUUCGGUGCUUGUUAAGCCUGUAAAUUCCACUCCAUAUCACCAACUGUGGGUCUCCAAUAUUGAUUUAGUUAUGGUUAGAGUGCAUUCUGCGAUUGCUUAUAUUUACAGAAGGCCUCCCAAUGGAGAUUCCAACGUGGCCGAAAUAUUGAAAGACGCGCUUUCUAAGGUGUUGGUGGAUUUUUAUCCGCUGGCGGGCAGACUGAUUGUGGACGCCUCUGGUAGAAUUGCUGUUGACUGUAAUGGCGAGGGUGCUCUGUUUGUGGAAGCCAUGACCAACUCAUCAAUCGAUGAUUUCGGAGAUUUCACCUCCCCUUCACAACUCACGACUUUGGUUCCCUCUGCUACUUACGAGAAUGGCUUCACUAAAUCUCCUCUUCUUAUGAUUCAGGUAACCAAGUUCAAAUGUGGAGGGUUGGCUUUAGGAACGGGGAUACAGCAUAUCUUAUCAGAUGGUGCAUCUUCUUUACAUUUUGUGAACAGCUGGUGUGAUGUAGCACGGGGAUUGCAGGUACAUUUACUUCCUCAGAUAGAUCGUAGCACACUACGAGCUAGAAAUCCCCCCAGAGUGAGCUUUCCUCAUGAAGAAUUUGCACCACCUCCAACCCUCCUUCAAGAAAAAGAUGAUGAAAAGGCCACAGUUGGAAGGUUCAAUCUUAGUAAAGAGCAAGUUAGUGCCCUAAAAGCCAAGGCAAGGGACAACCCUCUUAACAAGACAUACUCCACGUUCGUAAGCCUGGCUGCCCAUAUUUGGAAGUGUUGUACUGUAGCACGAGGUUUGGUAGAAAACCAGAGAUGCAAACUCCACAUUCCUGUAGACGGAAGAGACCGUCUGUGCAAACCACCAUUGCCUUGUGGGUAUUUUGGCAAUACCAUUUAUAUGGCCACCCUAACAGACAUUGCAGGAGAAAUUGUAUCCAAUCCUUUGUGGUAUAGUGCUGAAAAGAUUCAUGAGUCGAUAAGCAAGAUAGAUGAUGGAUAUCUACGAUCUGGUUUGGACUUCCUGGAGUUGCAGCCAGAUCUAAAUGCUGUUGUCAGAAGGAACGAUAUGUAUAAGUGUCCUAAUAUGGUUAUCAAUAGCUGGACGUGUUUGCCCUUUUAUGAUGCAGAUUUUGGUUGGGGAAGGCCAACUAUGAUGGGACCUCCGGGAACUCCUCCAGAUGGAAUCUGUCGUAUUUUGCCCGUCCAAACAAAUCACAAGAGUGUGUCCGUUUGCCUGUCAUUACCGAGGAAUGAUAUGGUGAAAUUUGGCAAGCUGCUUUAUGAGUUUUAGCAUAUAACCUUCAAAAUAUUUUGAAAUUUGAAAUCAUUAGAAUAACAUUUGACUACUUCCUAAGUUUGAUCUCGGUCAUCUGGUUGGAUCGGUUCCUUGUAAUUCUCAGUUCAAGUAUUUCCAUAAGAUUUAGAGUGCUGGUUAAUGUCCUCCUCCUUUGGAUGUUAUUAAAUUAAGUAAUGAUAGUUCUUAAAAAUGUAAAACUGGGUGUGACAAUAAUGCUUGUUUUGAUUUAUUUUCUCAAUCACAAGUUUGGUACUAAU